AUGGACCCGAGACAUACGUCUGCGCCGAGCUUUCAUGAUCACAAGGAACACUACCAACCGCCCGAGAGAUUUCCACACGCAAUGCCCGACUCGCGAUUCUCAUCACACGGUCCGUUACCUAUACCUUCUCGACCUGUCAUGGAUACUGCGCCCCCUCCACUACCUCCACCACCGAGGAUUCGGGAUUUGGAAAAUGGUUAUGAUGCUGGCUGGCUCCAUGCGAACUGUGAAAGACCUUCCACUGCGCUUCCACCGAUAAAUCCGAAUUCAAGCCUGUUUGGCGGUCAACGACGAAGUGAUUCGACACCACGAAGUGAUCCUAUGGCCGUGGAUGAGCUAGAAGGAAGACAAAGUGGUUUCCCGGUGUCUCGCAGUCCGGAAGCCCAUAUCAAGAUAGAGCCGCCUCCACCAACAAAUGAUGGAUUUCCCAAUUCCAUGUCUGUCACUUCUCCUUCAGGUCCUAUAUUAAAAGGAGAGCGAGAUUUCUCUUUAAGAAGCGUCAAAGAUUCAUCCAAUGCAUAUGAUCAACAUUUAUUGUCAAAGAUUGGAAAUUCAUUAUCCCCUCGAGGCUCAAUCAGUCAUGGAUCCGAUCACCGGGGUUCGAUAUCAUCACUUACAGUUCCGUCCCGGUCACCUAGCAAUCUUCCCUCGCCAGGGCCGUCAGAGGGUUCUACGCUCGAUGUGAAAUGGUCUUACAGUCCUACAUCAGGAGGGGUAUCCCCGAGGUCUAGCAUUGGCUGGCGAGAGUAUAUCGAUGGAGGCCGCAGCCCAAGCGUGGAAAGUACCGCACCUUCAUCAGCGUUAGAAUACGACUAUAUGCGCGAUGUGGGCCGAAGACGUCAUCAUAAAACUACACCCUCGCGAGAAGACAGUAUCAGUCUACCGAGUCGAUCAAACCGCGGAAGUUACGACCAGGGUGUCUUUUCUGAUAUCGAAGGAGAAUUUGGAUCAGACGAUCCAGUUCCUCCAAGGCCAUACAUGGACGAGCCUAUGCCCCCAAGCCACUUUGUUCUUCGAGAGCCCACUCCACCAUAUCCUGAGGGCAGGCAGGGUAUGAAACGGAGGGCUUCUUCUCCUCCUCGAGAACCGCUGACAGAUGAUCGUCAUACCUUACAUGUGGCUACCAGUAACGGAGAUUUGUCGCAACGGAGAACGAGUGGACAGCCGUUUACGAAUAACUUGACGGUUAACAGUAGUUAUGCCCCAAGCCAACGAACUUUGUCCGCAGCUUCAUCCUUGAGUAUUAGAACUUCUGGAUCUUACUCAUCGACUCUUUCUAUUGGGGGUAGUAGCAUGACAAGUCUCUCUCCGUAUGACCGGCCAUCUCCGGGAGGACUUUCGCCCAGCUCAGAUCUCGAUACAUUCCAUGAAAAGUCAAUUCUGAACCCCAGCUCCCCGGUUCAACUUGUCCAACCAAUGCCCAGGGUUGUAACAGGUUCCACCCUCGAACCACCCGCCACAGAUGCCACAGGCAAAGUUCCAAUGCCAACAGCCUUAAACACACCAAAACCCCAAACCUCAAAAAUCAGUGGACUAUUCAUCUGUGAUUGCUGCCCAAAGAAACCAAAGAAAUUCGGCAAUCCAGAAGAUCUCCGAGCCCACGAAAUGGAAAAACAAUACUCAUGCCAAUACUGCAACAACCGCUUCAAAAAUAAAAACGAAGCAGAACGCCACCAAAACUCCCUCCAUCUCCGCCGCCACUCCUGGUCCUGCGCCGCCCUCCCAAGCUUCCAAGCCGCCUUCCACGGCUCAGCAGCGCCAUCCCAUCAAACAAACGCCGGCCCUUCGCAUGACACAUGCGGCUACUGCGGCGAGGAAUUCCCGAACUUCCCACGCCCAGACUGGGAUUCCAGAUUCGACCAUCUAACCACCGUACACAAAUUCGGCGAAUGCAACAAUGCGAAGAAAUUCUUUCGUGCGGAUCAUUUCCGUCAGCAUUUGAAGCAUUCCCAUGCUGGUACCAGUGGGAAAUGGACGAACAUCCUGGAAAAUGCUUGCAUGAAGGAUGAGAUUCCGCCUGAGCCUAGAGACAAGAAUGGGUUGGCGAGUAACACUAUUGAGGAGGUCCUUGAGCAGUGA